AUUUGCUUGUGCCUGGAGGUUUUCCCGCAAACAACAGGGCCAUACUUGAUCCAUGCGUACUGUGCAUGGCCUCUGGUAAAGUGCCUUUAAUGAUGCGCCUGGAAAUUAGGAAGAAUUGUAAUGGGAGAUUGGCAAUUGAGAUUUGGAUAAACUGCCCGUCAAUGUAUCACUUGAGUGGCUGAGGAAUGAGCAACAGGAAGCAACUCAUGAAAGCCGCGUCAGAGCAUAUCUUUUAAAAUUGAUCAUGUUAUAUGUAUGCCACGUAGCGGUUGACUCACAGCCAGCUAACCCAAGUUUUCGAAAUUCUGAUCGCAACACAGGUUAGCGUGGUCACAGCACGUUCAAGGCCUGAACCUUAUGGUUUACAAUUAAGUCAGUGGCUCUUGAAGUUGGAAACCUUGUUCAAGUAUGGAUAAUGAGCAACAAAAUGCUAUAUACAGGUGAAGGGGAAUGCUUCCGUAUUGCGUGCUUGACAAUGGAGUGAUUGAGUUCAUACAUUACAUUAGAGCUCUGUUGUCGCAACACCGAACACGGCAUUAACAAAACCAAUUGCAUGACAACCAAUGUUACAAUCACAGGGACAAGACAUAUAUUGGCGGGGAACAAUGUUCAUGAGCUUUAUUUUUUAUUGGCUUGAACUGGUAAUCAAUACCAAGUCCAACGAAGCCCAAGACGCAUAGGUCAAGGGGAGAACUGCCAGCUUUCUUGCAUCGCAUGCUCUCACUAAGAGUUGUCGCUUUUUCAUCACUCAGAUUGGUAUAUCCUCAUAUGCCCUGGACCCAUUUUACCCCAAACGCCAUAAAAUGCAUUCUCUAUCAGCGAGACACUUAAGCCUGCUGGUCGCUGAGAAUGUCGGAGUCACCAGCGUCGAGGAUGGCCAUGGUGGAGCAACGGAAGAGCUUACCGCAGGCGGUACCGAGCUCAAUCUGUAGGUGGACAUGUAAGCCUAUGAACCCUCCAAAGUCGGAUGACUUCUUCUCUGGGUAGGCCACAAGAACUCAAGUUCUUGGGGCCAAAGAAAUGUUGUCAAGCAAGCCAACAUUUCCGAGAAGCAUCAUGUUGCAGUUUCCGGCAACAUGACGAUAUUUGUAAAGAGACCUAGCGAUUUGGGACUUACGUUGUUGCCAGAGAAGUGGUGGAUGGGGGCCUUGGACAGCAUGCUGUAGUACUCGAGCUCAGACUUGCGGAGAGGAGGAGUGUUGCCAGCAAUGAUGAUGAGCUUGGCCUUGCCGGAUCGGAGGCUCUUGAGGGUAGACUUGUAGCCAAGAGUGACUGCAAAAUCGGUCAGUCAAAAGUUCGUCCUUGAUUACUUCUCAGGACUCUGCGCAUACCCUUUCCGGACUUCAUAACAAGCGCCAACUUGGAGUUGAUGCUGUUGGCAUCCUUCUUGCUCUUCUUCUGGGGGGCCAUUGUGAUUGUUGGGCGACGGGUUGGCGGUGACUUGACGUUCGUUGAUGGAAGCUGAAAGUGUGAAGAAAAAGUUGCAUGGGUUUUUGAAAGACAUUGCGAGAAAGGCUGUUUGGGACAUUCUUUGUGUGCUGCUCUGCUUUCUCCUACACCAACACCAUCAACCGGAUAUCCAUCAAACUCCGACAAAAUGGCGCGCCGUCCUGCUCGUUGCUACCGGUACUGCAAGAACAAGCCGUACCCCAAGUCUCGGUUCAACCGUGGUGUCCCCGACCCCAAGAUCCGAAUCUUCGAUCUUGGCCGAAAGCGCGCCAAUGUUGACGACUUCCCUCUCUGCAUUCACCUCGUUUCCAACGAGUAUGAGCAGCUGAGCUCCGAGGCCCUCGAGGCCGCCCGUAUUUGCGCCAACAAGUACCUCGUCAAGAACACCGGUAAGGAGGGUUUCCACCUCCGAGUCCGCGCCCACCCCUUCCACGUUGUCCGUAUCAACAAGAUGUUGUCUUGUGCCGGUGCCGAUAGACUGCAGACCGGUAUGCGUGGUGCCUGGGGUAAGCCCAACGGCACUGUCGCCCGUGUCAACAUUGGCCAGAUUCUCAUGAGCGUCCGCACUCGUGAUGCUAACCGUGCCAUUGCCCUCGAGGCCCUCCGACGAUCCCAGUACAAGUUCCCUGGCCGACAAAAGAUCAUUGUCUCCAAGAACUGGGGCUUCACCCCUCUCCGACGUGAGGAGUACCUCGACAAGAAGGCUGCUGGCCGCGUCAAGGUCGACGGUGCUUAUGUCCAGUUCCUUUCCAACCACGGUUCUCUGGAGCGCAACAUCCGCCGCUUCCCCGAUGCCUUCAAGUCUGAGGCUUAAAGAAAUGAUGGACAGGAUGGAAUCUGGGUUUUCUGGCGUCAAAAUGGCUUGUCAAAUAAGGACCUCUCGAGACUUUACUAGUUGAAAGGUGCCGGUUAGGCAAAUUGAAAUCUUGCAUUCAGAACUCUGUUUCUCCUCAUCGUGCACCGCAUCAUUAAUGAUAUCACUCAAAGAUUUCUGACUUUGACUAGAGUGGUAGGUCUUAUCUAAGCACGGGAUAUGUUUUCUGAGA